AAAUUUUUAGCAUCACCGGGAGAAACCAUUGUUCUUGUUCCGGGGUCGAGUGUGUUCUAGGUCUAAAUAGAAUAAUCUCCUCUUCAAGUUUUGAUACCCCAAUAAAUAUCCACAUAACCCACAUGCUUGUUACUUUGUUAGAUAGGGUUUGAUGAUAUAUAUAGACAUAUAGUACGUAGUCAUAGAUUUCUAAACAUGGAAGAUAGGAAUUAUUUUUGUUCUACAAACUCAUCGACAAUAAGUCGGAAUAGAAACAAUAGAGGUAGAAGUAGAAGUAGAAGCAGAAGUCCUAGUAAGACGAAAUCAAAAAUUAAAAAAGAAAAAUCAAACAAACCCUAUAGAGGGAUAAGGAUGAGGAAGUGGGGAAAAUGGGUGGCGGAGAUUAGAGAACCUCACAAGAGGUCAAGAAUAUGGUUAGGCUCGUACAUUACACCGGUAGCGGCCGCGCGAGCAUACGACACGGCCGUGUUUUACCUCCGGGGCCCCUCGGCCCGGCUCAACUUCCCGGAGUUGUUGUUUCAAGAUGAAGGAAACAAGGAUGGUGGUUGUUUGGCACCAGAAUGCGACAUGUCAGCAGAUUCCAUACGCAAAAGAGCAACACAAGUUGGAGCAAGAGUAGAUGCUCUCCAAACAGCACUUAAUCAUGCAUCUUCCAACAAUAAUAGUAGUAAUAAUAUUAAUAAUUAUUGUUUAUCAUCAACUUCCUCUCUCCUUCAGAAACCUGAUUUAAAUGAGUUUCCUAAACCUGAUGAUGAAGGAGAUUCUCUUGCUUUCUAGUAUUUUAUUGUAUGGUUGGAAAUAUCUAUCAAUAUUAUAUAUAUAUUCACAUAUUUAUAUAUGAUGAAUUUGUGUCUAUAUAUUAACCCUUUUUACUUUUUUUUUUUAUUUCUUGUCUUCAAGCUUUUUGCCCCCUUUUAGGAAAUAU